UUGUUUUCAUGUCUGUAUUUUCCUGUAAUGUUUUCAUUGUUUCUUAAAAUUUGAAAUACUGUUGUAAUCAUGGAGGUGUUUAAUAAGUUCUAUUCAUCUGUGACAAGUACAGUAUCACAGUUAUCGGGUGUACUACCAGGAAAUCCAGUAACCCGAGAAUUCGAAGCGACUCAGUUUAUCGCGAGCGCUGGACCAGGCCUAUUAUGGAAAGUAUACAAAGGAUAUAAGAAAUCGACAAAGCAGGAAGCAUCAAUAUUCGUGUUUGAAAAGAAACAAUUGGACAGAUGGUCAAAAGCAGACAGAGAUAUAAUGCUGGACAUUUUAAAACGUGGGAUCAUACAAUUGACAAAGUUGCGACACCCACAAAUAUUAACAGUGCAACACAGUUUAGAAGAGAGCAGAGAGAGUUUAGCAUUUGCUACAGAACCAGUGUUUGCCAGUCUGGCUAAUAUAUUAGGGAACACAGAAAACAUGCCACAACCUAUACCUAGCCACCUAGUCAACUAUAAGCUCUAUGAAGUAGAGAUCAAAUAUGGUCUCAUGCAAAUAGCUGAGGGCUUAGCAUUCUUACACAAUGACGUAAAGCUUCUCCACCAGAACAUAUGUCCAGAAUCAAUAGUAGUGAACCAGCAAGGUGCUUGGAAAAUAUUUGGUUUCGAUUUCUGUGUGUCGAACCAGAGUCCUCCAGGGGCUGCACCUUUUUGGCCGUUUAAUGAGUAUUGCCAAGCAAUGCCAGCAUUAACACAGCCAAGUCUGGACUAUUUGGCACCAGAGAAUAUAUUAUCUGCAUCUCAUUCCCCUGCAAGUGACAUUUACUCUAUGGGCAUGCUUGUCUAUGCUUUACACAGUACAGGGCAUCAGACACUUGGUAACAUUGGUGGAGAUUAUACCAAAUUUAAAAGGUUCGCUAAUGAAAUGAGGAACUUGCCAGCGUCAAGGCUGUUGUGUGUUGCGGAGGGUUUGAGGGAUUAUGUGAAGCUAAUGUUGAAUGUCACACCAGAGUUGAGACCAGAUCCACAUCAGUUUUUGAAGAUACCCUAUUUUGAAGAUGUAGGUGUGAAAACAUUAAACUACUUAGAUUCCCUGUUCCAAUGGGACAAUCUGCAAAAAUCACAGUUCUACAAAGGCCUUCCACAGAUUAUCCAGAAAAUGCCUCACAGGAUAUGCAUUUACCGAAUAUUGCCAUGUCUAACUAAAGAGUUUGUCAAUCCACCCAUGGUACCGUUUGUACUACCUAAUGUUUUGUUAAUAGCGGAAAACUCAACGAAAGAAGAAUACAUAAAAUAUAUAUUACCUGUAUUAAAGCCAGUUAUGUUAAUUCAGGAACCGAUACAAAUAUUGCUGAUAUUUAUGCAAAAAAUGGAGUUAUUGUUAAAACUGACGCCAGGAGAAGAAGUCAAAACAGAUAUACUUCCAAUGCUCUAUAGAGCAUUAGAAUCUGACGCACAACAAAUACAAGAAUUGUGUUUAUCAGUAUUGCCAACAUUUGCAUCACUAAUUGAUUAUCCGGCUAUGAAAAAUGCAUUAUUGCCGCGUAUAAAAAAGCUUUGUUUGCACACAAAUUAUUUGUCUGUGAGAGUUAACUGUUUACUCUGUUUGGGAAAGUUGUUGGAACAUUUGGAUAAGUGGCUGGUACUGGAUGAAAUUAUUCCGUUCUUGCCGCAGAUUCCGUCUAGAGAACCAGCUGUGCUGAUGGGUAUAUUAGGCAUCUACAAAUUAACUUUAAGUCACAAAAAACUCGGGAUAACAAAAGAAGUAAUGGCUACGAAAGUUCUACCAUUUCUCAUACCACUGUGUGUGGAAAACGGACUCACUUUGAAUCAAUUCAACGCACUAAUAUCACUUGUCAAGCAAAUGGUGUCGAAAGUUGAAGCAGAGCAUAGAUCGAAGUUGGAACAAUUGAAUUCUAUACAGAAUGAAUCUAAGGUAAUGGAACAAGCGCUAACUUCAGACACGCUUGUAUCAGCGCCGGGGCCACAGACGGACAUCGACAAGAUGUUCUCUGGCCUCGGUAUAGAUCCAUUCUCGUUUAGCAAGCCGGUGGAGAAGGAAGUGCCUGCUGUCAGUGAUAAUGUGUCGUUGAGUAUGGAGGAUAAGCAACGACUAGCGCAACAGCAAGAAACGGCUCGAAAGUUCUCCCGCCAACCGCCACCAACGGCCAUCACCACUCCCAAACCGAUCCCACCACCCCAACCCCAAACUAUUGAUUUAACCAGCUCCCUCUUACAAUCUAAUCUCACUCAGUUGGUAAAACCAAUACCAUCACAAAAUAAUAAUUCUAUGGGACAUAUGGGUGGUACUCUAAUGGGUAAUACCAGCCCGAAUAAUAAUAGUUUUCCAAUGGGACGGAAUCCGAUUAAUCUAAUGGGUAAUACUGGUAACAGUAAUACGAUGGGUAGUAAUCUGGGUAAUAAUCAAAUCGGUAAUACAAUGGGCAGUGGUAUGAUAAAUAAUCAAAUUGGUAAUACAAUGGGUAAUAAUUCGAUUGGUAAUACAUUGGGUAGUAAUAUGAGCAAUAAUUCAAUUAGUAAUACGAUGGGUAGUAAUCUAGGUAAUAAUUCAAUGGGUUACGCUUUUCAAAGUCAAUUAGCGUUACCUCCAAGUACGGGUUGGAAUAAUAAUACGCCAAGUGGUAAUUUUAAUAAUAAAUGGGCGGGAAAUCAAAGUAUGAAACAAGAUUGGUCGGCGUUUGAAUCUCUAUUACCGAGUCAAACUCAAAAUAAUAGUAAUAGCAAUAAUAAUCCUAAAAAACUGAGUAACAGUGAAAUGAUGGAUUUACUUGGUUAGUGUACCCGUCCGUUGUAGAGAAUACCAGUUUCCGCUAUCAAUAAAAUAAGCUUAUUUAUUAUUUUAC